UUUUGACUGUGAUGAAAGUCAGUUAAAACUUGUUCAUCUGGAAUUAUGCUUUAUAUUGCUUAAAAACGAAAUGGCCUCAAUCAUGCACUUAUAGGGUGACUCAUUUAACAAGUGUAGUACCUGGCUACGAAAUGGGAUCGUUUGCGGAUUACAUGGGAGAUCAUAUUUGGAUUCCUAUCCUGAUUGCUCUUGGCAUUGCAUUCUUGUUAAUCAUCAUAGUAUGGAUUCUCUGUAAACGCAGGAGAUGGAAUCGCUAUGUGAGCCAGAUUGGCAUAGAAGAGGAUAGAUCAUUAAUUGAGAAAUGGGAUGAAGAGAAAAGACUUCAGAAGAGUGUAGAAAGAGAUGCAGUGUUGCUGAACUGUUAUUACUAUUUAAAGGAUUCCAAAAAGUACAGUUUUAUUGAUCAUCUACCAGAUAUGGGUAGCAGAGUAAAUAAACAAUGGUUCCUUGUAAAGGACAGUAAACAAGCCAUAAAUGCAGUGUUAACAAUGACACCUUGGAGCUCACAAACUGUGAUUGACUUUACCAAGGCCACAAAGAAAACUUUGAAAGAGCUGUUCUCGCUGUUGCAGUUUCCCUACCUCUUUCCAUUGAUGGAUAUUGAUUUUGUAUUUAGUCACAACCUAGUGAUGUUCAUCCAUCCUUACAGAUCUACUGGAUCACUAAAAGAUCUUAUAUAUGGGUCUCGUCCUCAGUCAUCUUGGGUUGAAAAGUACCAAGCGAGGGGAAAAGCUCUUUCACUUACACAAAUUCGUAAUUUUGGGCGACAAGUCUUAGAGGCGCUGGUUUAUCUGAGAGAUAAAGGCUUCCCAACAUGUGGUCAUGUUCACUCUGGAAAUGUCUUUAUAAUCAAUGGAACAGCUAAGCUCUCUGGCUUUGAAAAUUCUAUGUUUGGCUGGAAAUCAAGGCUUUAUCCCACCAUUAAAAAGCUUAUCAAAAACAGAGACGAUGAUAUUGAAGUUAUUCAGUUUGGACACUUGCUGUAUGAAAUGCUGGCCGGGUGGGAGUUGACCACAGCAGAACCAAGGAGAGAACAGCUAAAAAACUUUAAAAACACCCCAGUUGUGGAGGUUAUCAAUUUUUUAUUCUUUAAUGAAAGCGAAAUGUAUCCAACCUUGGAUGAGGUAAGUAUGAAUCUUGUUCCAUGAUGGUCUCCUGUUGUUGAUGCAGGCAUGCAAGAUGCACUGAAAACGCUAGGGAAUUCUAAUUUUAAUUCAUGAGAU